AUGGCAAAAGCAGUACUUGCCGGCAGUACCGGCCUCGUCGGCUCCAACAUCCUCUCCACCCUCCUCGGUCAUCCCUCUUUCUCCUCUGUCUUCGCCUUCUCGCGCCGCGACCUACCCAACCCCAAUGGCUCCACCAAGCUCCAACCCAUCAUAUCCGGCGAUUCCGCGCAAUGGGCGUCUCAAUUCCCCUCCGCCGAAGCCCCCAAGAUCUUCUUCAGCGCCCUCGGCACCACGCGCGCAAAAGCCGGCGGCGUCGAAGCCCAACGUAAAAUCGACUACGAUCUCGCCCUUGACCUAGCCAAAGCCGCCAAACAAGCCGGCACAGAGGUAUGCGUCCUCAUCUCGUCCAAUGGCGCGAAUGUAAAGUCAUAUUUUGCGUAUCCGAAGAUGAAGGGUGAAUUGGAAGAGGCGGUGAAGGCUCUAGGCUUCAAGCAUACGGUUAUAGUGCGGCCCGGGUUGAUUGUUGGGGAUAGAGAAGAGAGUCGGCCGGCUGAGGCGGCAUUUAGGAGCCUGGCUAAGGGCUUGAAGGGAUUGGUUGGAAGUGGCAAGUUGACGGAUGUGUGGGCGCAAGAUGCAGACGUUAUUGCGAGGGCGGCGGUACAGGCUGGAGUGCAGUGUUUGGAAGGGAAGAGGGAGGAUAACGUGUGGAUUGUGGCUGGGGAGAUUGUCGAGCUAGGUAAGGCGUAG